UGGUAUUGAUGUGUUCUGUAUGAUGUAGUAGACAGUGAGUUCAGUUCGGUGUUAUUGUCAUCAUUAAAAAUAAAAUAUUUUGUUAAAACAUAAAAAUUGUUUUUUUUUUUUAAAUAAAAUAUCUUUGUAAUUAAAUUCUCUUUAAUAACACUGACAACUUGAUGUUAUAUAUAAGAAAUUUUAUUAUUUAGUGACAGACACUUUAACUAAUUUCAAUGAUUUAUUAGUACCAAAGAGUAUCACGUAUAAGCAAGAAAUGUGUAACAAAAUAUAGUGAUAUGAACAAAUUAAAAAAUACAUAAUAUAUUUAGUACAACACACAUUAAUACAAUUAAGUUUUAUAUUGACAUGGGUCAGAGAUCAGGGUACAGUUCUUGAUUGUCAAUGACCCGAUUCGAAAAAGAGACGAAAAGAAAUUAUAAAAUUGAUAUUUUCGAAUACUAUUGGACGUAUUAUAAUAAUAAAUACAAUCAUGGAUUCACUGCAAAUAGAAAAUCAUCUUGGAAUUCAGGCAUUUAAUAGAGCUCUUCAAAUUCCAAGCGUUAAUUAUCUUUGGGAUAAAUCUACGGAAGUCUAUGAAAAAGUAAAAAGUGCGAGUUCCUUCACAAAUUGGGCUCUAGAAACUAUUGAAAUGGUAUUGGCUACAGUUAUUGAAAAAUCUGUACCUGUAACAAAACUCGUGGAGAAACCGAUUCAUAAUCUCGAUAAAACUCUUUGCUAUGGUUUUGAUUUUGUUGAAGUUAAACUACCUAUCAUCAGAGAAGAUCCAAAACAGAUACUUGACAAGACUAAAUCUCUCGUGUUAAAGAGACUUCGUCCUGCUGUUCAAAUAUUCAUAGAUUUGAAACAAGAAACAAAGCAUAAAGUGAAAAUAAUAACUCUUCAUACUUACUAUAGAGUUCAUUACUUGAGAGUUUAUAGCUGGCAGCAAGCAGACAAAGUUAUGUCCACUGAGACUGGAAUAAAUAUACUAAAAACAGUCGAUAAUACUACUGGUCUAGCGGAAUUAAUGCUUGAUAAAUAUUUGCCUGCUUUAGAAGAUGAAAUUUAUAGUGAUUUGGAAGAAGAUUGCAAUGAGCCCGUUAAAUUACAUCAUACAAUUAUAAGACUCAGUGAAUUCGGAAGCAAAGCAUCGAAAAGAAUUUAUUUUGCAUUAAUGGAUAGACUACAGUAUAUGUAUAAAAUAGAAAUUCUUCUUUUAGUUUUGCAUGCUUUAAUUGUUAUUCAAAUGAUGAAAUAUGUUGAAACAGCAUUAGGUUUAGUGGUUAAAAUAAUCAAUGAUUUUUGUAUUUUACAUUAAAAUAUUUGUAUUUUGUUAUAACACUAAAAAAAAAAUUAGGUGAAUAAAACAUACUUAUUUUUA